GCAGCAGUGGUUGCCAGGCAACGGCGAGCGGUCACGGAGGUCCAGGGCGCUGGCCGUGAACGAAAGGAGCGCCAGGUGAUGACGUAACGUGAGAGCGCCAGGCAGGCGACCACGCUCCCCGGUUUGGCAUGUUUAAAGAUAAGGGUCACUCACCUAAACGAGGUAACCUGGCAGUCACUGCGGUUGCUUUACAAGACCACAUUUUGCAUGACCUUCAACUACGGAAUCCUUCAGAAGCCGGUCAUUCCAAGACCAAGACACAGAAGCGAGAGAACACAUCCAAAUCUCUAAAAAGAAACACGAAAGCUGCAAUAGACACAGGGCUUCCAAAGACGACUCAAGGCCCCAAAGAGGCUGACCCGGAAAAAGAGUAUGUCCUUGACCCCAAACCGCCACCCCUAACUUUAGCGCAGAAGCUGGGCCUGAUCGAGCCGCCCCCGCCGCCGCUCUCAUCCGAGGAGUGGGAAAAAGCGAGGCAGCGAUCCGUCUCCCAGGGCGACUCUACGCAGCCCUGCCCCGUGUGCAAGGAGGAGUUCCAGCUGCGCCCCCAGGUGCUGCUUUCAUGUUCCCACGUGUUCCACAAGGCGUGCCUGCAGGCCUUGGAGAAGUUCACAGGCCGAAGAACCUGUCCCCUCUGCAGAAAGCGGCAGUACCAAACCCGCGUGAUCCGCGACGGGGCCCGGCUGUUCAGAGCCAAGUGCGCCACCAGGAUCCAAGCCUGCUGGCGGGGGCAUGCGGUCAGAAAGUGGUACCAGGACCUGAGGAGGGCACUGCCGCCCACCGAUGCCCAGCUCAGGAGACGAUUCUUUGAAGAAAAGUUCACAGAGAUCAGCCAGCGCAUGCUCCGCUCCUACCACACGGACGUCGACGAGCUCUUGGCAGAAAUCGAUCACUGCCUGGCGGUCAACCGCAGCGUCCUGCAGCAGCUGGACCAGCAGUGCGGCCGCAGGCUCUCCGACGACGACUGGCGGAAAAUCCAGGCGCAGGCCCUGCGCCGGGACACCCACGAGUGCUCCAUCUGCCUCACGCCGCUGUCCAGGGGCGGCGGCCCGCCCGGGCGGCGGACGGCGCUCCUGUCCUGCUCGCACACGUUUCACCACGCCUGCCUCCUGGCCCUGGAGCAGCUCUCCUGGGGGGACGUGGCUCCCUUCCACGCCUGCCCCCUCUGCCGCUCCUGCUACCAGAAGAAAGUUCUGGAAGGCUGA